GCGCCACUGGUUGCUGACUUUGCAACAGUGGCGGUAGGUCAUGCGUAAUCCAAGCCGCACGGUUGCCUCUAUACACACGGUACCAAGUGUUCAUGGAUGUGCUAACCGAGCUCGGAUACUUACCAAUGAAGCUCAGCCUUCACAUAAAAGCAUGACAAGAUUGGUCGUAGCAUUUCAAACCUCGCGUCUCAAUAUCCCAUGAUGCAACCACUCGUCCUGUAUGACAUUCUCUCCGAGUUACCAGGCAAUAAGUUCUCACCUAACCCUGCAAAGCCGAGGUCUGUUUUGAGCUACAAGGAUCUUCCAUUCGUGACUCUCUGGGUCGAAUACUCAGACGUCUCCAUCGCUAUGAAGGCCAUCGGUGCAAAGCCAACCAAACGCCGAGGCGGCUCGGAUGUCUAUACCGUCCCCGUCCUCAGCGACCCUAACACUGGCGUCCUCAUCGCUGACUCCCUCGAAAUCGCCUGCUACCUCGAAAAGACAUAUCCUGAGAAGCCCAUCUUUCCCAACAACUCAGAGUCCCUGAUACGCGAGUUCGACUCCGCCCAUUUCAGACUCAUUCAACCUGCUAUUAAGUCUAUCUUCGUACGCACCACAGAAAUAUUGAGUCCCAUCAAUGCCAAGUUCUUCAUUGGAGCUCAUUCUAUAAUCUUCCCGCUACCUUGGGAUGCAAAUUACGACGAAGACUGGGUCCUACUAGAGAAGGGGUACAAUACUGCGUACGAAUGGUACCAGAAGACUGACGGGAAGUGGUUGAUGGGCGACACUUUUUCAUAUGCAGAUAUCAUUGUUGCUUGUUGUUUGCUGUGGUUCAAACGAAUUCUGAAGGAGGAUGAGUGGGUCAGGAUAUGUUCUUGGAAUGGGGGGAAAUGGGCUCAAGUCCUUGCAGAUGUUGAGAAGGAGUGCAAAUUGGCGUAGAAGACUGCGUAUAGUAUAGCAUUUGUUACAGAGAUCCUUGAAACAAUGAUAAGCUCCUUCGGCAGGUCAACCGAAACCAUCAUUGUAGUCAUGAAUACAUUGAGCCCGAGCUGGCUCACUGGACUCGUA